AGUGAGAAGGGAUUCAGUUGGUCUUCCCGCCUGUGGACACACCAGUCAGUUCACACUGGGCAGAGGCUGGUCAACUGCUGAACUUGUGGGAAAGGAUUCACUCGGUCAUCUGACCUAAUGGCUCACCAGCGAGUUCACACUCGGGAGCGGCUGUUCACCUGCUCGGACUGUGGGAAACGAUUCACUCAGUCAUCUCAGUUACUGAGACACCAGUCAGUUCACACUGGGGACAGGCCAUUCACCUGCUCAGACUGUGGGAAAGGAUUCAUUUCAUCAUAUCAGUUACUGAGACACCAGUCAGUUCACACCGGAGUGUGGCUGUUCACCUGCUCAGACUGUGGGAAGCGAUUCACUGAAUUAUCUCGACUGAAGAUACAUCAGCGAGUUCACUCCGGAGAGAGGCCAUUCAACUGCUCAGACUGUGGGAAGGGAUUCGCUCAGUCAUCUCAACUGAAGGUACACCAAAGAAUUCACACUGGGGAGAAGCCGUUCACCUGUUCGGACUGUGGCAAGGCAUUCACUUCAUCAGCUCACUUACUGAGACACCAGUCAGUUCACACUGGGGAGAGGCCAUUCACCUGCUCAGACUGUGGGAAAGGAUUCACUUCGUCAUAUAAGUUACUGAAACACCAGUCAGUUCACACUGGAGAGUGGCCAUUCACCUGCUCAGACUGUGGGAAGGGAUUCUCCGAAUUACCUCAACUUAAGGUACAUCAGCGAGUUCACACUGGAGAGAGGCCAUUCACCUGCUCAGACUGUGGGAAGGGAUUUGCUUCGUCAUCCCAUCUGAAGAUACAUCAGCGAGUUCACACUGGAGAGAGGCCGUUCACCUGCUCAGACUGUGGGAAAGGAUUCACUCAGACAUCUCAACUGAAGGCACACCAGGGAGUUCACACCGGAGAGUGGGCAAUCACCUGCUCGGACUGUGGGAAGGGAUUUACUUGCUCAUCCCAUCUGAAGGUACAUCAGCGAGUUCACACUGGAGAGAAGCCAUUCACCUGCUCAGACUGUGGGAAAGGAUUCGGUCAGUCAUCUCAACUGAAGGCACACCAGGGAGUUCACACCGGAGAGUGGCCAAUCACCUGCUCAGACUGUGGGAAGGGAUUCACUUCGUCAUCCCAUCUGAAGAUACAUCAGCGAGUUCACACUGGAGAGAAGCCGUUCACCUGCUCAGUCUGUGGGAAAGGAUUCACUCAGUUAUCUCAACUGAAGGCACACCAGGGAGUUCACAGCGGAGAGUGGCCAAUCACCUGCUCAGACUGCGGGAAGGGAUUCGCUUCGUCAUCCCAUCUGAAGAUACAUCAGCGAGUUCACACUGGUGAGAGGCCGUUCACCUGCUCAGACUGUGGGAAGGGAUUCAUUUCGUCAUCCCAUCUGAAGAUACAUCAGCGAGUUCACACUGGUGAGAGUCCCUUCACCUGCUCAGACUGUGGGAAGGGUUUCACUUCGUCAUCCCAUCUGAAGAUACAUCAGCGUGUUCACACUGGUGAGAGGCCGUUCACCUGCUCAGACUGUGGGAAAGGAUUCACUCAA